CUAUCAUAUUUAAUGCAUCUGGGACAACAAUUGCUAGAUUUCCUACCAAUGGAAUGGUUCUGUCUGUUAAAUUGAAAGAUCAAGGUGAAGAUUUAUUGAUUGGCAGAACUUUGGAAUCAACUUCUUUAGUUCCAAUACUUGGAUUAUAUCAAGUUGAAAAUACUCGAGGGAAACUUAAAGUAGCCAAUGAGCCUGGUAAUGAUACAAAUGAACAUUUAACAUUGUUAUCAGAAAAACAAGAUCAGAUAAGUGAUAAUGUUAUUGAUAAAAAUAAUCAAAAGAAUCCAAAUUUUAAUCAAGAUCAAAUCAAUUCUAAUAAUAAUAAUAAAAAAUCCGGAGGAAAAUUAGUUGUCUAUGGUGAUUCGAAUUGUAUUGAUGAUAGUAAUCAUAGGAAACCAUCAUGUUUUUGGAUGUUAGAUGCAAUUCUUGAAUACACGGCAACAGGUCACAUUCCUUCGAUAUUUAUGGAUGACAACCUUCAUCAUCUAGGCCAUAAAUCAGAAAUAAUAUCAGAGAAACUCGAAAUUGGCAUAUUACCGGAAAGGAUGGAAGGGAAUCAUUUGUAUAGACACAGUAAAGUGUUGAAGAAUGAUAAUAUUGAUAAUAAAGCUAUUCAGCUACUUCCAACUUGUCCAGUACUUAAUUAUGCCAUCUCUCAACCACUCAACGAAUCAAUUCCUAUGUAAUUAAUAUUUAUUUUUUAUAAUUUAAUUGAAGUUGUGAAAUGCUAAAGCUGGAAUGAU